AUGGAUCGAAGAAACCAUCGAGUGUUUAACUCGUUUCACUGCCGUGUUCGAUUCCUUGGGAAGAAAAUCAACGUAGUGAAGAAGAAGAAGAAGCACAUGGUGAGAAAUAAGUGUGAAGGGAGAAAGAAAAAGCACGCAAAAGGGCAAAAGUAUAAAGAUAGGAAGCAGAUGGGUGAUGCAGGAAAGCGCAGCAACUCAACCCUUUUUCAGGACCCUGAUUACCCCUCCCACCUAAAAUAA